UGGUCACAAAAGUCUGCUUUUUUUUUUUUUGGUGAAGUCUAAAGACUUAACCUUUGGCGGUGGAGAGAACCAACGAGAAGAGAAAGGAAAAAAGGAUCUUCCUUUGAGAUUUGAGAAGAAGUACACAAGCUCCAUGGCAGCUCUGUCUUGUUGUCCUACCACCAUCAUCGUUGUCUCAGGGAAGCUUCCUUCACGGAUUAGAAUCGCCGAUCAGUUACCUAGACUCAGCCCUUUUAAGAAUCAGAGACGAUUGAUUGCAUCAAAGAAGAGGAGUUUGAUCGUUGUUGGCUCCAUCAUUGAAGACAGAGAAGCAAUCGAUUUGAAAAGUGUUAAUUUUAAGCCAAAAGAAGAACGAAAAGAAGAUGAAGGAGAUGGAGAAGAUAGAGAUAACGAUCGGUUGAUGAGUCGAGGAAUCAACGCAGCCAUAGUUCUCGCCGCUGGUACUGUUGCGGUUACAAAGCUUUUAUCCAUCGAUCAUGACUAUUGGCAAGGUUGGACUCUCUACGAGAUACUCAGGUAUGCACCUGAACACAAUUGGGUUGCAUAUGAACAAAUUCUCAAAACAAACCCUGUUCUGGCGAAAAUGGCCAUUAGUGGAAUUGUGUAUUCUCUUGGAGAUUGGAUUGCACAAUGCUAUGAAGGAAAACCGCUAUUUGAGUUUGAUCGAUCUCGCGUAGUUAGAUCAGGUCUUGUUGGAUUCACUCUCCAUGGUUCACUCUCUCAUUAUUACUACCAAUUCUGUGAGGCUCUCUUUCCUUUUCAAGAAUGGUGGGUAGUCCCCGCAAAAAUCGCCUUUGAUCAAACCGUGUGGUCUGCAAUUUGGAAUAGUAUCUACUUUACAGUUUUAGGGCUCUUGCGUUUCCAAUCUCCAGCUGACAUUUUCAGCGAAAUCAAGACCACAUUUUGGCCAAUGAUCACUGCAGGCUGGAAACUCUGGCCAUUGGCUCACUUGGUUACAUACGGUGUAAUUCCUGUAGACCAAAGGCUUCUUUGGGUGGAUUGUAUUGAACUCAUAUGGGUCACUAUAUUGUCGACUUACUCAAAUGAGAAGGCAGAGGCGCCAGCAUUACAGAAAACAAACUCUAACUCGAGUGAGGACUAGGCGACAUCAGCAUGUAGAUUCCGAUUUCUAUAGACUGUAGCAGGAAGUGGAUGAAGAACACCAAGCACAUAUAUUCUUUUCUUUUUUGAAGAGAUACCUAAUACAUGUAUAUACAUUUGAUUCAUGGAUUCUAAGAUAGAAUCGAUGAGGCAAAUCUAUUGUGAAAUACAGAUACACCAAACUCAAAACACCAGCAAAAAAAGAAACAGAUCAAGCUGCGCACAAUGCUCAAGCAUAACAAUUUUUUCAAGAUCACAUACCAGAAAUCUAUAUUAACAUUUUUGAAGUACA